GAAGCCGCGGGCGAAAAGCUAGUAUUAAAUAAGUGAUGCGACAACAUUCUUUUCUGUGGUUAAAAUCUAAAAUGAUAAUUAUGAAAAAAAUAGUAAAGAAAUCCCUUAAAAUGUCACAAACUUUGACUCUUUAUAAUGUAAGUAUGUAUGACUGUAGGCUCAGUUACUUAAGUAUACUUUUAUUACUGAAUUACUCCACUUACUACACUGGAAUAUUCCAAUAGUACAUGCUAUGACGUGUGAACUGGCAAAGUUGUUUAAUAUUUUCUGCACACAAGAUUUUUUGUAGAGGAAAGUACCAAUACAUAUUUCGCAAAGUAAUGGACGGUGGCUGGAGAUUCCAAGAUCUCAAUGUCAAAACUUGUAUACAAGACUUGUCUUUCAAAUUCACUUGACGUUGUGACACAGUAGUGUUCAGAUGUAAGGAGAUAUAAAAAUAGGAAUAUAAGAUGUUCGUGUGACUUAGUUCAAAGUUAAGGAUCCCAAGGUAAUCUUUCCAAAAGAUUAUGAAGGCAUAUGGGCGUCGGCGCCAAAAUAAUCAGCCGCGAUUAUGUCAAGGAAAGUACAGUGCUGCAACUCUUUGAUACCGGCCCCUAUAUAAAAACAUACCCGAACUAACAAAUGGACAAUUCGUGAAAAACCUGCAAAAUGGUUGCAAGUGUGUAUCUUAUUGGACUCUUCAUAAUUGGUGCAGUAUUCGGUGAGGAUGACAGGCCAAAACUAAGAGUAUAUCAUGGAUCUCUUGAAAAGUACACAGAAUUGCCAUUUGAUGAAGCAGAUCAUAUCACAGUACUACCGUCCUUCAACACUAGCCAGAUGACAACUCUAUUUUGUCAUGGAUUCACAGGUCAUCCUAAUGGGCCCGCGGUGACGGCUGUGAUACAGGCGUAUUUGGACCAAGGGCAGAGCAAUGUUAUCCUUUUGAACUGGGAUCGUCUAGCCGCUGCUUUGAACAAUCAAAUAUCUUCGUCGUACCUCAAUCGGGCUGUACCUAACGCUAUUAAGGUCGGCGCGUACUUAGCUGAUGUUCUGCUGAGCCUGUCUGCAGUCGGCUUGGAUUUGAAUAAGACGCACUUAGUGGGACAUUCGCUGGGUGCGCAUAUUGUAGGCAUUGCCGGCAACAAAAUGGCUGGAAAAGGAGUGCGAUUGCCGUGGAUUACCGGAUUAGACCCUGCAGGAGUCGUUUUCGACUCCAAGAGGCCAGAAGAGAGGUUGAACCCUGAGUCUGCUGCAUACGUUGAUGUCAUACACUCUGACCCAAGCAAAUAUGGUAGCAGGAGGAACCUGGGCAAAGUUGAUUACUGGCCCAAUUUCAGAACUGUUGGCCCAGUGGUGCAACCCGGUUGUGACAAUAGACCGUAUCCGAGGUUUACACCUGGAGAUCUGUGCAAUCACAACAAAUGUUGGCAGUACCUCAUCGACUCUAUGAAGUACCCAGGGACCGUAAUUGGAACUUUCGCAAGAAAUUACAGGACGUGGAAAAAUUAUUCAAAACAGCAAAGACUUGAUACCGUAUUGGAACUCGGAAAACGUCACGAAGACUACGUACCUGGAAAUUAUUACCUGUUGACGAGUCCGUCUUCGCCGUACGGACUUGGGGAAAAUGGAUUGUAACAAACCGUUUAAUAAUAUGAUAGUAAGACUUGUUUAUGUCAUGUUUUUUUUGGCUGUGAUUAUACUUUUUUUUUUUAAUGUUCUUAAAAAGUUCGUUAUAUAUACAACCUUAUGUUAAAAACAUUCCAAGUACAUUAUUAAUUAGUUUAAAAAUGAUACCUAACAUUCUAAUUUUGAAUAGCAGAUGAUUAUUUUUUUAUGGAUUAUUCAGCAUAUUUUUGUGAAAUGACUUCGGAAGGAAUGUUUUUAGUUGAGCAUAGAGGUGGUAUUGAAUAUGACUGAUGUUGUAGUUUAUUGUACAGUAUGCUCUUAUUUUCGUAUGGUUGAUGUACAACCAGGUGACUGAAAUUGCUCCAUAUGUUUUAAACACACCCUAUAAAAGUUUUCACGUGGAAUGUGUUUCCUCUUCACGAUGUUUUUCUUUACUGUUUUCAGGAAGUGAUAAUUGCUAAGUAAUAAUAAAGUUACAAAGUACUGUAAUAUUUAACUGUGUCAUAUAUUUAGUAAAUUUUUGAUAAUAAGACAGAACGUUUGUAAAGUACAUUGAAUUUUUUAUGUUGUAAUUUUAAGGAUGUGUUCUUAGGCAGACCUUUAUGAAAGUAUAAUAAUAAAAUUAUAAUCUCU